GGUAACCGAGCACUCCAGCACGUUGUGAAGCCGCUAGUGUACCUGGCAGCCAAACGAGGUGAUUCAAAGAAAUCACUUGUUUCUAAAGCAGCGUAUUUUUUGAUAACUACCCCAUUGAGAUUUCCAGUUGACCAAAGAAAUGGUGAUGGAGAAGCCAAGUGCCCAGCUGGUCGGGCGAGAGUUUGUCCGACAGUAUUACACACUCCUGAACCAGGCCCCCGACUACCUGCACAGGUUUUAUGGAAAGAACUCCUCCUACGUGCAUGGCGGCUUGGACAGCAACGGCAAACCAGUAGAGGCCGUUUAUGGACAAUCUGAGAUCCAUAAGAGGGUGAUGGCUCUGAGCUUCCGAGACUGUCAUACCAAGAUCAGACACGUGGAUGCUCAUGCCACCCUGAACGAGGGUGUGGUGGUGCAGGUGAUGGGCGAGCUGUCCAACAACAUGCAGCCCAUGAGGAAGUUCAUGCAGACCUUUGUGCUCGCGCCCGAGGGUACGGUUGCAAACAAAUUCUACGUCCACAACGACGUGUUUCGUUACCAGGACGAGGUGUUCGGUGACUCUGACUCUGAGCCUCCAGAAGAGUCUGAGGAUGAGGUGGAGGAGCUGGAGGAGAGGGUUCCAUCUCCGGACGUUGCUCCAGAGGAGUCUGCUCCCUUCUAUGACCCAACAGCCUGUUCGGAGCCAGCAGUUCCUGGUGACGAGGAAGAGGCAGCAGCAAGUCCAGAACCAGAGCCAGAGGUGGAGAAGGAGGCCGAGGCCGCUGUGUUGGAGCUGAAGUCGGAGACGAUGCUAGAGACACAGACCGAUGGCCACACGACCGACGACCAGACAGAGAAAAGCCCUGCUGCUGCCACUCCACCAACUACAGAACCUGCCUCUGCGCCUGCUGAACCUGCCCCUGCCGCUCCAGAAGAAAACAGACCGUUCUCCUGGGCGUCAGUCACCAGUAAGAACCUCCCUCCCAGCGGUGCUGUCCCAGUCUCAGGAAUCCCCCCACACGUCGUCAAAGUCACUCCCACAGCACCGCCCAGAGUGGAGGUGAAGUCAGAGUCCCAAACAGCAACACAGAGGCCACAGAGAGACCAGAGACCAAGGGAACAGAGGCCUGGAGGUCCUCCUCCGGGUAACAGAGGACCCAGACCAGUUCGGGAAGGAGAGCAGGGGGAGUCAGAGGGUCGCAGGGCGACCAGGUACCCCGACGCCCACCAGCUCUUCGUUGGCAACGUCCCUCACGACGUGGACAAGACAGAACUCAAGGAGUUCUUUGAGCAGUAUGGUACAGUCCUGGAGCUGAGGAUCAACAGUGGAGGGAAGCUACCAAACUUUGGCUUCGUGGUGUUUGAUGACUCUGAACCUGUGCAGAAGAUUCUCAGCAACAGGCCCAUCAAGUUCAGAGGCGACGUCCGCCUGAACGUGGAGGAGAAGAAGACCCGCUCAGCCAGGGAGGGUGACAGGAGGGACAUGAGGCCCCGGGGUCCCGGUGGUCCUGGUGGUCCCAGAGAGCGAAUAGGAGGCGGCGGAGGACCUCGCGGCCCCCCCACCCGUGGAGGCAUGGCACAGAAGCCCAGCUUUGGGUCUGGGCGCGGAGCCGGGCCCAGCGAGGGGCGCUACUCUGCCCCACGCCAGUGAGGCACCUGUCCUCCAAACCUGAGUUAGAUUACUGUUUGGAUUCAAUUUACUUGAGUGGUUAUUGAUUUGCUGCAGCAGGAACUGAUUGGACGAAGCCAAAUUUUAAAGAAAACCCCUCACUUUUACUGUGCACCAAGGAGAAACAAUCAGUAGGAAUUAUUCAUUUUGGGAUGCUCCUCCUGCAUGGGCGGAUUUCUGACUCUACCUCCUCAUUCUUUCUCCAGAAUGUACAAGUAUUCAAGAGGGAUUUCUGUUAGUAAUCGACGCAGGUUUGGUCGAGAGCUUUCACCAUCAAGUCACGCCAGCUCCUGCUUAAUUCAGCAGCCAGUCUCGACAUCUGUCUCUCAUGAAGGUGGCUGCCUCCUCUUCCUCCCCCCACCCCACCCUCAUUCUUGUCCUCCUCCUUUUUUCACCUGCUGCUUGUCAUUUACGUUCAGAGGAAUCCAGGAUGUCACGCCUCAUCCAGCUCCACACCUCCACCUCCGUCACACGAGGUCCGUUUAUUUUCUUUGUGGCGCUGGCAAACUGUCGAAUGCUGAGUGUUUGCAGCAGCAGCGGUGCAGAUGACUCCACCCCAGGGAGUUCUGCAGGAUGCCGUCUCUGUUGUUGGUGAAACCUUCCGGGCUUUCUUGGUCACUCGGUGGAGUAUGUACAGUCUAAUGUACAACACACGUAACCCCACCUGUGGAGGCGUGGCACAGAAACCCAGCUUCGGUUCUGGAUGAGGUGCAUCACUCUGCCAUGUGUCAUUUCACGAACCUGGGUUCUGGAGUCAGGUUACUGUUUAGAGUCAAUUUUGUCAGUUUGUCAGAGUCAGUUGUUAUUGAUUUGUUGCAGUUGGAACUGAUUGGACAAAGCAAUGUUUAAAAAAAAAAAAAAAAAAAAAAAAAGUCCUUGUUGUAUUCUGCACCCAAGAGAAAAAAAUGUAACUUGGAAUUCGUCACUUUGGUUUGUUACUCAUGCAUGGACUGACUUCUGACUUGUUUCCUCCUCAUUCUGUCUCCUGAAUGUACAAAUAUUCCUAAGGGUCGUUCCCGUCAAGUCGCAGCUGCUGCUGCAGCAUCCAGUCUUGAUUCUGUCUCUCAUGAAGAUGGCUGCCUCCCUAACGCCGCCCCGACUCCAUUCUUCUUCUUCUUCUUCACCUGCUGCAUUUCCCUUUUCCUCUGAGGAAUCCAGGUUGUCACUCCUCACUUUUUGCCCUUUCCAUCUCUUCCUACUGUCUUCUUUUUUCUCCACCAACACGUAUAUUAUCUGGACUUUUGUCUUUUUUUUGUUUUUUUCACGCUGAACUUGAAUUUAUUAAGAAACAAACCGAAACACGCAAAUACAUGAAAAAAAAAAAGGGUAAAUACUACUUGAAUUGGGGAUUAAAAAACCCAGAGGUUAGGUUUUUUUUCGCGUUCUCUCUCCCUGUUUCUUAAAGGAACGUGUACUUUACUGCUUGGGCAAUCCUGUGUAUUGCUGCCACCGUUGUAUCUAGCGAUGGAUCUGUCUUAUCUUUUUAUUCUAUCAGGUCAAGAGCUGAACUGUAGUGGUUUUAUUUGAGUAAUAAUGUUGGCUUGUAAUAUGUGGAUUCACAGACGCGUCUGAGUGGAGCAUGUAUCAAAUCAUGUAUCAAAACCUGUUGUUAGGCUUCUACUACCGAUGCACUUCAUCGUCAUCAUGUUUAAUAAGAGCUCACCUGCCGAUGAGAGAACUAAAUUAAAAGUGAUUUACUGUUUUAAA